CAGCAUCCCCAACCCCAACAGCAUCCACAACUCCAGCUGCAACAGCAGGAGCAGCAGAAAAUACAGCAACGUCAACAGCAACAAAUAUUACAGCAACAACAACAAAUGCAACAAAAACACCAUCAGAUGAAGCAGCAAAUGGUGAAGCAGCAACAGCAGAAAAUACAACAGCAACAAAUACAACAGCAGCAAAUACAGCAACGAAUACAACAACGACGCCAAAUACAACAACAGCAAUUGCAGCCACAACCACAACAUGUACUAGAAUUUUACCCCAGCAACCAAAACCCACCUACCCACCCACAUCCUCUCUCCCAGCCGCCUGUGUUGGUGCACUCCCAGGAGACCAUUCCUCCACCAACCCCACCAGACCUCAAGGAAACAUCCCCAGACUCUCCACACAUUCCCCCCCGCACAGACCCCCAGUUCCCCCACACAGAGACACAGCUCCAACCUCCCCAGCUUCAGCUGCAGCCUCGACGGUCCAGGAGACUCUCCAAGGAAGGUGGAUCACCACCAGUUGACAACCCUUUCGUAAUCCCAUCUGAUGGGGCCCAGAACGGGACCUCUGAAGGGCCAGGUGGAGCCUCCAAGGCGGAAGGGGUCCAUGCUGCCCAGUUGGCCCCUACAGGGGUCAUUCAGAGCACAUGCAGGAAACAAAGGAUUUCCCAGGAGGUUAACCUGGAGACACUGGCCCAGAAAGCCUCAGAGAUGGAGUCACUACCGCCACACAUCGUCAAGGAGGAGCCCCACAGACCCUGGAGCCCCCAAAGGCCAGCGCCACGGCGAGGGACCAUGGAAAGAGAUUCUGGAGGCCACAGCGCCAAGCGGCCUCGUGAUGAGAGCAUGAUGCCCCUGGUCAUCCCUGUGUCAGUCCCCGUACGGAGGCCAGACACCCUCUCGUCCUCAUCCUCCCUAGACAGGGAGCACUCUAUCCUGGGCACAAGCUGGCCACAGCGCCCCUCCACGCUCCAAGACAUGACCAGCAUGAACCGCAAACCCUCCGUCAUCGUCACCCGCCGACGAUCGCUCAGGAACUCUCUGACGGACAGCUCAGGACAGAACGGCGGCACCCAGGGAGGGAAAGACGACGAUGACGACGGAAAAAAGUCCAAACGGCGUCCCCGGCCCGAACCUCUCUUCAUCCCGCCUCCCAAACCUGGCACCUUCAUCGCCCCGACUGUCUACUCCAGCAUCACUUCCUACCAGAGCCACCUCCGCUCCCCUGUCCGGCUGAUUGACAACCCCCUGACCAUGCCCCCCUACACCCCCCCGCCCAUCCUCAGCCCUGUGAGAGGAGGAUCAGGUCUCUACUUCUCUACCUUCCUCUCCUCUGCUGCAGCUGCUGUCUCCAGCCAGGGUCUGCCUCCACCCAUAACACCCAAAUCAGCCACACGCAGCCUGCUGAGAUCCAACAGCGUUGACAUAACCCCACCAGUCCUCCUUGCAAUCGGCGAGGCCACUCCAGUCAGUAUAGAACCGCGUAUAAACAUCGGCGUCCGGUACCAGGCAGAGGUUCCAGAACUGAGGCAGCGUUCAGCGGCCAAACACGACCAUCACAAAGCUUUGCUGGUCUGGGCUCCUCUCCACGACCUGGAGGCUAAACCUGGACACCACGAGAGAGUGGAUGACCUCAUGCACCUGUCAUGCUCCAGCGCACUGCACGGAGGAGGGACCAAUCAGGAGCUGGUGCUGCACUGCCUGUAUGAGUGCAAGGGUGACAUCAUGGGAGCGUUGGCCUUCCUGCUGUUGAAAAACCCCGUCUUCCCUAAGGACCACCGACUAGGAGACUACCACUACUCAGGGUCAGACAGCUGGACCUCAGUAGAGAGGCGUUACUUCAACAAAGGGAUCGCUGCCUAUAAGAAAGACUUCUUCAUGGUCCAGAAACUGGUGAGCACGAAGACAGUGGCUCAGUGCGUGGAGUUCUACUACACCUGUAAGAAACGGGUAAAGAUCGGUCGGAACGGCGCUCUGAUCUACGGAGACUCAGAGCCACCUGAGAGCAGGAGCACUGAUGAGGAGCUGGACCUCAAAUGCUCUCAGAGAUUAGAAUCUCGGAAGGAAGACGAAGAUAGCAGGAAGUGGGAGGUGUCAGCUGACAGGAAGCAGUGGGGCUCCAGUCCAAGCAGGAUGACACAUAUGGUACAAGCCACUGAGAACGCUGGAGCAGUCCUGGUGUUGAAGAGUCAGGAGGGCUCGAGGAGAAACCAGACGUCGUCCCGUGUCAGUCUCCCUCCUCAGCUCCCUUCCGGCGCCUCCUCGAAACCACGACCGGCCCCCAAGACCGGGACCAUAUCAGGGACCAAGGGCCCUGCCGGACCAGAGGGAGAGUUCCCCUGCAAGAAGUGUGACCGGAUCUUCUACAAGGUGAAGAGCCGCAGUGCCCACAUGAAGAGCCACGCGGAGCAGGAGAAGAAGGCCGCUGCGCUGAGGCAGAAGGAGGCGGAGGAGAGGGCAGAGGCCCAGGCGGCGGCGGAAGCUGCAGCGUUACUGGCCGCGCGGCAGAACGGGGCACGGGAGGAGAACGCAGCUGGAGGAGACGGCACUAACGAUGACUCAUCUGACGAAGACGAUGAUGUCGAGGAAGAUGAUGACUGGCACUGAGACCAUGAAGAUAGAAAGGGAGCCCACAACAUAUUAUGCCGUUAUGGCAAGUGCACACUCUAGUCAUCUCUAUGGCUAAGGCGGAUGGCCAGACAAACAAGACAGACUGACUGCUCCUCUACUGUCAGGGUGAUGGGAACAUAACAGAAGUACGAGGCCUCGGCUGCUCCUAGCGCUCUAGGGACAUUUUACGCCCUCUUGUGACACCUGCUUUAGCAGCAUUUGUCUUGAAACAAACUUCUUUUUCAUUGUUUCAUGGAACAGGAUCGCCUAUCGUGACACUUUCAGGGACAGGUUUUCUCCCUCUUCUCUGUAACCUGCUUGUGAUGCUGAACGCAUCACAAGCAGGUUAAAGGGAAGGGUUACUGAUCUCUGACACGCCCCACGGCUAUACAGUAGGGUAUGAAAGCCAUCUCUCUCUCGAACGCCAUGACUCCCCCCCCCCCCCCCCCCCCUCCUGUCUGCCAUCCUCCCCUGGCUUCUUCCUGUUCCUGUCAGCACUUUCAGCCAGUCACAGCACACAGACACUCAUCAGGUGGGAACUCAUAGCCACGCCCCUAGCCGUGUAGGCUUUAAAAAAAAACGAGAACACUGUGUGAUGCUUGGCAACGCAAGACUACAUGAACCACAAUGCAACCCGGCUUGGCCACCGCCCUGCGCUCUCUCUGCAGUUUGAUAUGCUGUGAAUAGAAGGAGAUAAAAUGAGUGAUUGGGACAAUGCAAUAUUAAAGUGGGGAAGGACUUCUAGAUCAGGAAAAGCUCAGAUAGACUGACGUGGUGGUAACACUACCUGUGUGGUGACAUGCCUACAUGUGAAGAACCGAUCUGUUUAGAGAACACUGCAUUGAAUGUGUUUCAUAGUCUUUCAUGUUUGGGACCUUUCCCACUCAAGACUGCCAAAAGCUUGUACAGGUGCAUCGGUCCUCAGUUCACCAAACUGGUUUCUUUCUUAGUUUCAAGUGCUGUACUUUUGGGUUUUAGUUUUGUGAAUCCCUACCUUGUCACUUUUCUUUUUCAAUAGAUUUGGUAUUCCUCCUCACUGUCGAUGCCUUGGAUGUUUUAAACACGUUUUUAUCUUCGAAUGAAUGACCAUUCAUUUUUACAAAGGUUAUUUUUUGAUAUUCAACAAAUUACUGUUGCUUUUUUUUUUGCUUUUUUUUUGCUUAUCAUGUCAAAUGGUCAUAUUGUUAUUAAUAAUGUCACCGUUGUCUCGUAUAUUAUUAUUAUAUUGCUUUUGCGGCAGGUUGCUUUGAAGCUCUCGUUCUCAUUUGACCACAGUAUAGGGUUAUUUAUGACAUUGCUUUUGUUGUCUGUUUUGAACUGUGAGGUUUGAGAAGGAGAUCUCCAGAAAAAGAAGUCGGAGAAGAAAAGUACAUGUAAAUAGAAUGUGCAAUAGAACAACAACGUGAUCCCUGAUGCCCCCAUCCUGUACCCAGAAUGCCCCUCUUUGUGCCCUCUCCAAAUUGGUCCUUAGUAGCUUUAUAGGCAGUUAACCCUCUGUCAACCAUAUCAUUACACCAGGGGGAUAGAGAGGGGGAAACAUGAUGUUGAUUUGAAUGGGAAGGUCUGCUCUGGUCAUUCUAUUUCUAUGGAGACGACUCCUAUUGUCUGGCCUAUUCAAAUAAAAUAAAAAAGGGCUUCCCAUAACAGUCUGUCUCUAUCGAUCUAUCUCUUUCUGCCAAGCACUAUAUCUCAUAUCUCUAUUCCCAGAGCUGGCUCGAUCUGUCGCCAUGGCAACAAAUGAGCAGGCAGAACAUUUUCUUGUUAAGUAGAGUGGGGAGCGGAGAGUAACUGCUCCAAUUACCUUGCUAGGUUAAACCUACCUGCGUACUAUGCACUGUGUGUCUGUCUGUUGGGAAUGUUCUCUGCGUUCUGGAGUGUUUGAGAGUGUGUGUGUGUGUGUGUGUGUGUGUGUGUGUGUGGGGAUGGCUUCUUGCAAAUGUGCUGCUUUUUGGUCAAAUAUCCUUCUGAAAUUCAGCCAUUUGUGGAAAACUAGGUUUAAUCCUGACUUUUCACUUUUGUCAUCUUAAUUUAUAUCUCUUUAGUUUUACUUCCCCAGAGAUUGUCACGAGGCGUUUGUUUGUUUUGAAAAAAAAAAUGUUUUAAUACCGUUAAACAGAAUCAAGAAUUAAAUUGAGGGCCACAAAUGCUAAGAAGCUGUAAACCUUAUUCGCUUUCAUCGAAUUAGGUAAGGGAAUAGAAAACAUGUAAAGGUUUAUUUAGCUAAUAUAUAUCUAUAAAUUAAAUUCUAUGAAUGCAAACUUUCAAUGCUAUUUUCAUAUGGGGUUCAUUUCACACUAAUGAUGUCAAAUGAAAUGGAUUCUCAAGUGCUUUUUACUAUGUCAUUUAUUUGUUUCAAUUAGAUUUUUACCACCUGUGUUAAAAAAAAAUAUUUAAAAAUAUGGGAAAGCACUGUUUUAUUAAAAUUGUGCAAUACUGA